AUGCCGAAGAAGCCCGACUCUGUGAAGCCUUCCGCCAAAAGACGUGAGAAAUUGAAGCAAGUUGCCCAGGAUUUCUUCCAUCUAUUUGACAUAAAUGAGAUUCAUGAAGGUGUCUUUGAAGAUGUGGCGUGGCAUCUCAGGCAUGCGUAUUUAUUUUGUUCUGUUGGAGAUGAUGAAUAUCGGCAUACAUGGGACCUUCGUACUCCAGCUGUUAGCAAGCCUAUACAAUCUGUGGAUGAGCCGCUCGAUUUUAAGGGGUUGGACUGUCUGCUCUGCCUGAAGUCAACCCUAAAAUCGAGAAGUUCGAUAACUUUAGGAUGGUUGAACUUGCGGCAAUGGAAGCUGGAGGCCUGUCUAAAAACUUGGUGGUAUUGUUGUGGAUGGACAGACCGCCGGCAACAGCUGGCCAUCGGGGAUGGAUUUCUCGAUUAUGCACGACACACAACAGACUAUAAAAGUGGUUCGGAUCGCGGAUUUCCCCUUCGAUUACGGUUCUCCGUAGGUACACGGGAGGAAGAGCCGGCAGGGCCUCCGGUCGAGGAGCUCGCAGGCUUUAAAUUAUUUUUUCGUUACUGUAGCAGCUUUGGAAAAGGGCAGCGGACCCGAGCUAGCAGGCGGACUACCACACAGAUUUGUGUCGACUCAAAUUUCAUUUUAUCAUUCCCCCAAAAUUUUCUCCCCAAAUUUUCACGCUCUCUCCGGUGCAAUUUUCCUCUACUCUUCGGCGACCACUGCUCCUCUCCUCUCCGGCGACUGAUGCUCCUCUCCUCUCCGGCAACUCACGCACCCGCGCUGCUCCUAUCCUCGCCAGACGCACUGUGCUGCUCCUCACCCGACUCGUGCACUGUCGUUGCUCCUCUCCGCACCGGACACACAUGCACUGCUCCGACGCACCUGCCCUGCUCCGCCGGCUUCUUCACCCUCUCAUCGCUUCCCAAGGGUUUAGGGGGUUUGGUGCAAGGAGGCCAAUAUAUUGGGAAGAAUAGAAGGGCAUUAAGUGCAAUUAAUGCGAACAUAACUGGAGUUCCCCCUCACCCUCGCGCUGUUGUAAAACGAGGGGCUCUAAAAGAGAGGUUUGCUGCCCAAGUGGCUGUCAAAGAGCAGCAUCCAUCACUUGAGAAAGUAAAGCCACUCGUUCAAUCAAAUUCGAGCACAAACUGUCCGGAGGACUGUAUUACUAUAGACUCAAUAGAUGAAGAGGAUCACAGGGCCAUGGACGAACAUGACGUGCCCAUGUCCGUGCAGCAUACAGAAGCUUGGAGGAAAUCGACAGUAUG